CCAUUUUCAGGCAGUGAGUACAACGGCUCCGCCGGCUUCCUUGAUCUUCCUCUCCGCAGUCUUGGACACGAGCUUCGCCUUCACCACGAUAGGCUGGUUGUCCGGCAAGACUCCCUUUCCGAGCACCUUGAAGUAACCAAACUGAGUGACAUCAAUCAUCGGCGCGCCAUCCUUUCCAGCCUUGUCCUUCACCUCCUGAGGAACCAUGGACCAGAGCUUGUCGAUGUUGACGAUCGGGCAGAAGAACCUGUUCUUCAGCUUGUGGAAGUACCUCAUACCGACCUUGCCGAAGUAGCCUGGAUGGUACUUGUCGAACAGGAUCCGGUGGUGGUGCAUACCUCCGGCGUUACCGCGACCACCAGGAUGCUUGCGAUGUUUGCCGAUACGACCGUGUCCGGCGCUGACAUGGCCUCUCUUCUUGCGGUUCUUCUUGAACCUAGUGGUCAUUUUUCUACCCGGAGGCGGAGGAAACAGAGGCGGAUCUGUGUGAUUUGUGGUUGGGGGUUCUCGUGCGGCGGAAAGGGAGCUUGA